UGCUUUGUCCAGUAUGGCUCGUACUAAGCAGACAGCUCGCAAGUCUACCGGCGGCAAGGCUCCGCGAAAACAGCUCGCCACCAAGGCUGCUAGAAAGAGCGCCCCGGCUACCGGUGGCGUGAAAAAGCCCCAUCGUUACCGGCCCGGCACAGUGGCGCUGCGCGAGAUCCGCCGCUACCAGAAAUCAACAGAGCUACUUAUCCGCAAACUGCCAUUCCAGCGUCUGGUACGUGAGAUCGCGCAGGAUUUCAAAACUGACCUUCGCUUCCAGAGCUCAGCGGUGAUGGCGCUGCAGGAAGCCUGCGAGGCCUACCUGGUGGGCCUGUUUGAGGACACCAACCUGUGCGCCAUCCACGCCAAGAGAGUGACUAUUAUGCCCAAGGAUAUCCAGCUUGCGCGCCGCAUCCGUGGCGAGCGAGCGUAAACUGUCCUGCAGCAGGGCUUGUUUGCUUUCUCCCUCCCAAAGGCUCUUUUCAGAGCCA